GUCAAGUGUUACGUUUGCGGCUGUGCAGGGGUUUAGCAGGAGGAAAGCGGAGAAGCAUCACACAUACGAAAAUAAAAUGUUUUAUAAUGGAAAAUUUUGUAUUUGAUUCCAAGUUAUGUGCUGAUCAAAUGUAUCUUAAUUAAGCCAAGUCAUCUCUUUCACUUUUGGAACGUUUGUAAAAUUAAUUGAAUCGACUCGGAAUUAAAAAUGGCACAAAAUUCGUCUGAUUCGACCAUGUCAGAUGAAGCUGCCCCGAUCCCAAACCUAGCUUUACGAGCCAUCAUUCGUCCAGCUUUGAAACAGGUCAGAACUGUAGACAAAGCCUCAGCAGAUCACCUCAUCUCCGCAUUUGAAGCAGCGGAAGAUGCUAUUCCUGGAAUAACUCAAGAAAUCCUUGAAGGAAUUUUGAGAUCAGAGGGAUUCACAAUGAAUAUAAGUGAGAUCUUGCUCAGAUGCUCAUCCGUGAACUCCAAAGAUUUUCAAAUAGAAAGGGAAGAGCUUGAGUUUGUAAAAUUGGGAGAAAAGGCCCAAGAAUUGAAAACAAUCUUAGGGAAAAUCCCUCUUGAAAUACAAGAUCGCUCAAAGUUUCUUCAGACAAUCAAGGACAUUGCAAGUGCAAUUAAAUUUUUAUUGGAUUCCGUAAAUGAGGUUUUAAAAACUUAUCAAGCUCAGGGUAAGAUGAGAGAAUACAGAAAGACUUUGGAACAAAACAAAAGAGAAUUUGUGAAAUAUUCAAAAAGUUUCAGUGACACUCUAAAACAGUAUUUCAAAGAUGGAAGGCAGGACAGUGUUUUUGUCAGUGCCAACAAGCUAAUCAACCAAACAAACAAUAUUUUGAUUGUCUUCAAGAUGGUGGGACGUGCUGUAUAAUUAUUGCACUUGUAUGUAAAUAAACAAUUUAGUGUAUAUAUGUCAACAUAUCCCUACUUUGAUAUGAAUGGCUAAUUUCUAAAAAUAUUUCUCCCAUCUUGCAAAUUAGCAAACAUCUAUCAUUGCCAGUAUUCUAUGUGUUUUUCCAUUGACCAUGAACCUGUGGAAACUAAAUUGUAUCAGGUUUUACAUACACUAUGAUCUUAAAUUACUGGCAUUGAAAUGAUAAUGAUUAAAAGUAAUUCAGUAUUUUCUUUUAUAUGAUAUUCCAGGUGAAAUCAUUUCACCACCCUGAACUAGCAUAAAACAUUACCAUACUAGAGUUAUUUUAGUCUAAAGAUUGUUAAGACGAGGUUGAAAAACCAUAAACUAAUAUUCAUCUCAAUUUUAUAAGCUGAAAAACCUUCUAAGACAGCAUUGUUUUAAGGCCCUUAGUGAACCUCUGCUGUUUAGUUUCUUGUUUCUGAUAAGUACAAGAAUGUUUAUAUUAUAGGCUGUUUAUAUUCAAUAUUUUUCAGUCAUAUUGCAAAACAUGAUGUAAUU